UUACAACCAAGCUAACUUUGACAUUUCUGCCAUUCGCGCUCUCUGUUAAUAAAGCGCGGUGUUUUGCGCAACCUAUGGGCAGCGAUUGUGAUGACGAGGGCUUUGAGUGGGAGCCUCCAACAGAGGCGGAGAUGAAGGUAAUCCAGGCUCGCAGGGAACGACAAGACAAAAUCAGCAAGCUGAUGGGAGACUACCUGCUCAAAGGAUACAAGAUGCUGGGAGAGUGCUGUGAUGUGUGUGGGACUAUUCUUCUCCAGGACAGACAGCAGAAAAACUACUGUGUUUCAUGUCAGGAGCUGGACUCUGAUAUUGACAAGGACAACCCUGCACUAAAUGCACAGGCGGCACUGUCCCAGGUGAGAGAAAGGCAGCUUGCGGCUCAUUCUCCUGCACCAUCCCAGGCCCCUGAAGUCAAUGUAGGCCCCAGCAACAGUCAGGCAAGUGUGUCAGUUCCACAGCCCAGACCGGAGCACUGUGAGGGGGCUGCAGCAGGAGGAAGAGCCUCUCUGCUUCCACCUGCUGUCCCUUCUCCUUCGCCUACAGCCUCCACCGCAGCGCUGGCGCCAGCUCGUCCCCCUGUUUGUCCACAGAGCACUGCCGUCCGACCUGUGUUGCAAGAAGCCGAGGAAGCUGUUCUAACCAAACUUCGCUGGGCCACCACCCAGCUACAGAGCUCAGCCUCCCUAGAGGCAAGUAUCCAGCUCUGUAGCCUCAUCACCAGCUGUGCCAACUCACUGCGCAGCCUCAAGGAGCUCAGUCAGUAACCAUCAUGGACUGGUUGAAACCAUGGAGUAAUGGGAACGCUGUUUCUACUUGCCUCUGUCUUGGAAUACUGACUCUGGUUUGCUGCUUUGCAGCAUCACCCUUUGAUUGAAUCCUUGCAUAGAGCUCAAUUCAAAAUUGGUAAGAAAAUGCACUUGAAAUGGGAUUUAAGUGUCAAAAGUGCACAGGUUACUCUUGAGUUAACAUAACCAUACCAUCGGCAGAAAUAUCAUGCUCCUUAAUAUGUUCAUUUGACUGUUUGUCAACUCCUAAGUUAUGAUUCAGUUAUUUAAAAAAAAAAAAAAAUUCUCCUGAUUGGUUGUUCUGUAGUAUCCCAAAAACGGCGUAGGUAUGCAAA